AUGUGUCGUGGUGGUAGCAACUGGAAGCAAUACGGGCACGGUAAAGUUCACGCGUUGGAAGAAGAUUUGCCAGUACAGACCCUCUUCAUCGGGUCAGUACAUGUUGAGGUAGGACAAGUACAGAGCACUAACGAUGCAUGGCACACAGAACUUAAAUUAGAAUGCAGUAAGAAACCAAUAAAAUUCAAAAUUGACACAGGUGCUGAAGCAAAUGUGUUGCCCGAGAAACACUACGCUAAACUACACGUGAAACCGUGUCUCCGUAAGACACAAACCGUGCUAUCUGCGUAUGGAGGGUUGAAACUUCAGCCACUGGGAUGCAUCUCUACCAAAAUACAUGACACAGAUGUCGAGCUGUAUGUAGUGGAAACUGACUCUGAACCAAUACUAGGUCUCAAAUCGUGUCAGGACUUGAAGCUCAUUGCAAGGCUAGAAAGUGUCAUGGAGGAGAAACUCCUCACAAGAGAUGACGUCAUGAAAGAAUAUGAGGAUGUGUUUAAAGGGCUCGGGAAAUUUGAAGGAACAUAUAAGAUUGAGCUAGACCCCAGCAUCAAACCAGUAGUUCACCCGCCCAGGAAGGUCCCCUUCAGCCUUCAAUGGAAGCUGAAGGACACCCUGGACAGAAUGGAGGCAGAAGGUGUCAUAACCCCCGUGGAGGAGCCCACAGACUAG